AUGGAAGCACAGUCUAUACAGUCUAUUCGGUCGAACCAAAGCGUACGGAGCAUCGCGAGCACGAGCGGAACCGCAGACGAGUCGCUAAUCUUUGAACGGAGCGUUGAGGAUCCGUUUGGCCCCGUGAAGGACGCGAAGGGUUGCAGCCUGUGUGGUGCGUCGCAGGCAGGGUCGCUGCACGCCGGGGUAUCGGCGACUGGGGGCGCGUCUCAGGGGGGGGCGUGCCGGCACAAGUCGCACAACCUGGAGGACCUGAUCGCGCCGGCCCUGGACGCGAGUGCGGACAUCGUGGAGGAUGCGGACACGAACCUGGACAACGUGGACAUGAUAUACUCGAAGCGGCCGUCAACGAUCGGGCUGGACAUGGCACUGGGGCGCACGCGCGCGAGCUCGUUCGCCGAGUACGGCAACGACAGCGAGAGCAUUGCAUCGGCGGGAGCGGGGGGCUCUGGCCUGCCCGAGCGCCCGCGCAUUCUUCCCUUCUACUCGUAUGCGGAGAUGUUAUCGGAUGAGGGCAGCCAGCCAAACCGGCGGCCGUCGAUCACGCAUUCGCUGUCGUCGUCGCUGUUGCGGCACCCUCUCCCCCAGAGCACACAGGAAGGCCUGAAGGCGUCUGCGGCGCAACUGCAGCCGCCGUCGUUUUCCAACCCUCUUGUGCUCCCGUCGGGUUCCGUGCGCAGGGAGUCUGCGACGCAGAGCGGGAUGUCGCCGCGCUCGCUGCGCUGUGCCAUGAACUUCUCCUCUCGGAUCCAGAAGAGCCCUGGUACGCCCUCAAAUGAGAUGGGGCGGCCCUCACUGGAACUAAGCAGCAGUGACUGGUCGAGCAGUGAUGAGGACAACACAGAUCGCGAAAAUGUGCGCGGUGCGAGCCAGGACAGCUCCCGGAGCGUUUUAUCGACGUCGCCGGGGUCCCCUGCGUAUGUAACGCCCGCUGGGAGUGGCACGAGCUAUUCUGCGCGCGGGUCACAAAGCCCUGGGAGUUCAUCGCAUGCCAAGAAACUGCCUACGCCCGUCAGGCAUAAACAUCAAUAUAUUUCAUGCAGCCCACUGCCGCAUGGCGGGGUACGCAGGGGCCCGCAGCAGUUCCACAUCCCCAAUAUGGAGGAUGUAUUCAAUACCCAGCUACAGGUGGAGUCCGUUGGAGAAGUGCUAAGAAAACGGGCGGGCAGCACCAGCUCGACGAUUGGUACUCCGGUUUCAUCUACUGAUCCCUCAGUUCCCCAUCUUGCCUUCACAGCCAGGAUGGACCAUCCGUAA